AUGAAUGGAAAGUUUCGACUUUUACAGUUCUACAGUAUAACACGAGAUGGCGCUACCAUAUAUCAAUCACAAAAUACCACGACUUACAUUGUACAGAUGGCGCUGACGGAGGAGAAACUUAGUAAUUUGUGCAGUUUUUCCUUUAAUAUAAUAUUAGAGGUGACAGUAUGGGGGAAUAGUACAGUGGCUGAGGUAGUAUGUGAACCUUUGAAUGAAAUCGGAGCAACAGUUGCUGGUCUCCCCUCUGCACCAAUAUCUGCUCCUCUGUCGGUACCCUUGGGAGGUGCUCUUCCUUUGCCGGAUUCUCUCGCAACCAUACCUACUUCUCCACCGGUGGCGCUAUUAUUCUUGGGUGGAUCUAAAGCUCCCGUAGAACCAAGAGCUUCAGCAAUGGUCUUAGAAGGAGAAGUGCUUGUAGUGGAAUAUCAACCACCGCAAUGGGAUGGAACAGAUUUGGAAACAUUCAUCGCUUGGGAAAAGAUUUAUGCUUCAACACUAUUUUCGGCGGUGGAGUUGUAUGGCAAGCCACUUCUACGUGCAGCUGUAAUCACUAAAGAGGAAUACCACCUUCUGUUUUACUACCUGGAGUCCGUAUCUGAAGCCAGCGAAGCUCUAACAGAACGGAUGAGGAAAUAUAUUGAUUCAGGCUUACUAAUUAGCGAUAGUAAAACUGAAGACGAAACCAAUCUAUCAGAUCAUUCGAUCAAAGAAGAAGAACGAAAUAGCAGUUUACUAAUUGAACUUAUUCAAGAAGGAGUUCUCACUCAACAAGAUGUCGAUGCAUCUUCAGUGAUAACGAACUCUGAGUGUAAUGAGUCAAAUGCAGUUGAGAACAGAAAAAUUGAUGAUGAUAAUCGUUCUAGUGUUUCUUCAGUAAGUCUUCGUAAAGUUAUUGUAGAUUUUUCAAUUGAUUGCAAUGAUUCAGUGGCCGAUGGCUCUAUUAUAGAAAGUAAUGACAAUGUUACAACUGUAACUAUUAAGAGCAGUGGUCAGUGCUGUGUCGACCACAGGAUAUCGGCUGAUGUUACUGAUAAUGUUUGGGCUAAUGUACGAUGGCACUUCCUAAACCCAAAUGACUUCGGUUAUGACCAAGUGCGAAGCGUUAAGCGUAGUCGCUCUGAUUCAGCUAUUACACCUGUAUCUCAAAGGAAAAAUUCGGAAUUAUACGAACGACUUCACGAAAACGGUGCUGAAGCCGAAUCUUGUGGGAGUAUAACUCCGUAUGAAUCUAUUGAAGAUUUGUAUGAUUGUAUAAAAAAUGCUCAGUAUAGUAGUGCUGCCGCCGAGGAAUCGUCGCCGUCGACCGAGAGUCAAUCGGAGCCUCAAUACCCGGACUACUAUGAAAAGUCGAGCACAACCCGUCAGAGUUCCGCAAGUAGCGAAAAAAGCGGGGCCUCAUCCGCGUUUCCGUUUUCGAAAUGUGGUUCGAGCGAUUCUGCGGACGCCUAUACAUCGUGCGAGUCGACUAGUGGGAUCAGUACUUUCGCAACGAAAAGUAUCCCGGAGUCUCUGAAGUGUCGAGAGUUGCCUCCUCCGCCGGCAGAUGGAACUGCAAGUGAAAGCGCAAUUCUUUUGAAACAAUUAUUCAGUGGUGAACUAUUAGACGCUUAUAGGGAGUUUUUAUCUGCAUAUCCUUACGCAAGAGCUCUGUUGCGACGCAAAAUUCGACGGGACGAGCACUUCGCGGCCCUCGCAGAUAUACGCCGAGGUGCAGCCAAGUACACAAUCAGCGAGUACCUCGAAUUACCGGUAAGUACGUAA